AUGGCGACUACGAACAGCAGUAGUAGCGGCUCUCACGUAAACGCGUCGAGCCAGACGAUACGGCGUAUUCAAAGGGAAAUCCUAGAGAUUCAGCGCAACCCCAGCAGCAAUUGGACUGCCUCUCCCACUGCCGAUAGCAUCUUCGAGUGGCACUAUACGUUCAAGGGACCGCCGGGGACUGAGUUCGAAGGUGGACGCUAUCAUGGCCGAAUCGUUUUGCCCAGCAAUUACCCGUUCGGACCGCCGGUCAUCAUGUUAUUAACCCCGAAUGGUCGUUUUGAAGUUAAUAAGAAAAUAUGUUUGUCGAUCUCAAGUUAUCAUCCCGAGUUGUGGCAGCCCGCCUGGGGUAUUCGAACCAUUAUGGAAGCUCUCAGGAGCUUUAUGCCCACCCCUGGUGAAGGAGCCAUCGGCGCGUUGGAUUGGCCGGCAGAGACUCGCCGACAGUUGGCCGAGGAAAGCCGAGCGUGGACGUGUAAAAUGUGCGAGGCGUCCAAUGAGGAUCUCUUGCCGGGAGGUGACGACGAUAAAGAGGAUCUUCCCCGACAGGACAGUGAUGAUACUGAGGAUGUGCCCAAACCUAUGGCUUUCGUAGCCCUCAAUAAUGAGGAAGAGUUGCCAAGUAGCCCAAAGAAGGCAAUCGACGACACACCCGAGAUACCCACUCCCACUGGAAAGCAAACAGAUUCUCCUGGCGGCAAUGCAGAUGAACAGAGCAGUGCGGCGGCGUUAGCCAGGCGUCCACCUAGGAAGAUGUCGAUGCUCAUGCAGUUGCUGCAAUUGCCAAGGAAUUCGGAGGAAUCUGGGUUGUUCCUGAUCAACCUUGGAAUAUUAGCCGUCAUAGGUUUCGCAAUAGCCCUCAUCGUCGACUGCUUCAGACAUCCCCCAGAAGCGUUCAUCGGCCCUAGCGGUCAAUAG